AUGUCAACGAAGCAGACAUCUCAGGAAGAAGUACACACACCCACCCUCGCUAUACGUAACCCAAGCACACCACUAAGAACCCCCCAGGCAAACAUCCGCACAGCAAAAGAAUACAUGUCUAUCGCCUACUCCCCGACCAAAAACACUGGCGCCGACUCCGUCGCCCACAUCUGCCACCCAGACAGCUGGUUCUACUCCCCCUCCACCUUUCCCGGCUGCAAAACCCCCAUGGACUACGCCGCCUCGCACUCCGUCGUUAUGAAAUCCGUUUCAGAUUUAAAGAUUGAACGUUUUGACCAGGCGUGGGCGAAAGACUCGCACGUGCUGUUGAGGUACACGGCGAGUGGGAGCCACUGUGGGGAACCGUACAAGGGGAUUGAGAAAAGCGAGCCGCCGAGGAAGGCGACAUGGUGGGCGGCAGCUAUUUUCGAGGUUGAAGAUGGAAAGGUGAGAAGUUUUACGAAGGAUUGGGAUCAGAAGGUCAUGCAGAUUCAGUUGGGGUGGGCACCUGUGAAGGAGAGUGGGGAUGCGAGGUGGAACGAAGACAUGUUGAGGAAUCCAGAGAGGGCGAGAGAGAGUGGGGAGUAA